GCGGCCACGGUGCAGCCGCCUCCGGCGCCGCUGGUGGCGGUCCGCCCGUUCCUCCGCGUCACACCGCGGUUCCCAACGUGCCCGGGGGCGUGUCGGCGCUGGUGGCUCUGGAUGUCCCCGACACGCUGGAGAACGAGGUGCUGGCGGCGAUCACCAUUGUGGACGGGCGGGCGGUGGGGACGCUGGGGCAUGAGGACGAGUUGCGGCGCCUGAGACGGGCGCUCAUUCCGAAAAAGACGGUGGCCACCCUGGAGGAGGGCUCCAGCUUUGGCGGCGGCAUGCGCAUACUGGGGGAGGGGGAGCUGCAGUCCUGCAUGAAGGUGACAGCCACCACCGACAUCACCGUGUAUCACAUGCACAUAGACCAGUUCUUCAAGUGCGCGUCAGCGGAGCUAGUCAGGGCCCUGCGCGACGACACCGCCUUCAAGCUCACCUACUACUUUGGCCGGCUGGGCGCUAUCGGGCAGGACGUGGUGGUGGGGCACGGGGAGGCGUCGCUCACCACCCGGGGUCUGGCGCUGCAGGACGAGGAGAGUGCCAUGGCCCAAGCCCGGGGAGCCAACCAGCGCAAGAAGAAGGGUCUCAAGAAGGUGGGCGGUCACAGUACGGAGGUAGACAAGGUGCUGUCGUACAUGGCCGAGCUGGAGGCGGAGCUGGACAACCCGGGGGGCAAGCCGCUGGACCUGUACAAGAACGGCACUCCCGCCGAGCGCUACUACCGUAACCCGCUGCUGUGCGGCACGGCGCGCGGGAACGCACUGCCCAACCUGAUUGCGGGCGUGUAUGGGGAUGGGCUUGCACCGCUGGCAGAUAAGGUUGAGGCCCUGGCCGCCAAGGCUGCUCGCCGGCUGGACCUCUACCACGGCGACCAGCCCGCGGUGCGGCGCAUGCUGUCCAUCAUGGCACCCACCAGCCCCAAUGGCAUCUUCAGCAGCCCCACUAGCCCCCUCUGCCGCGGCUCGCCCUCCCAGCGCUUCCCGGCCGCCUCCAACCUCGGAUCCGCACACACCGCCCUGCCCUCCCCUAGC